AUGGGUUUGAAAAGCUCUUCUCUUCUCUGCUUGGCUAUUCUCCUUGCAGUUUCAUCUUCCAUUCAUGCAUUGGAUAUUGCAAAAUUGUUAGCCAAAAGUCCUGAAUUUGCCGCAUUCACUAAAGCCCUAACCGAAACCAAGCUUAUUGAUCAAAUAAACUCUCGCAACAGCAUCACCAUCCUCGCCCUCAAUGAUGGCGCUAUGGGUGGAUUAUCUGGAAAGUCCCCAGCGGCUAUCAAGGCCAUUCUUAGCACUCAUGUGGUUCUUGACUUUUUCGAUGAGAAGAAGCUCAUGGAAGCUCAAGGAAGUGGUCAACUCUUGACCACCCUUUAUCAAGCCUCAGGCUUCGCCCAAGACCAACAAGGGUUUGUUAAGGUUGCCCUCAUCGGUGAGGGCGAGAUUGCCUUUGGCUCCGCUGUUAAGGAUUCUCCCGUCGAUGUUGAGCUCGUGAAAACUGUUGUCUCCCAGCCUUAUAACAUUUCGAUACUCCAAGUCGCCAAACCUAUCACAUUUGCAGGAGUUGAUUCACAAAUCCCAGCUGAUAACGCAAAAGCCCCAGCAGGAAGUGCUACUGCUAAGGCUCCCGUGGCAUCAGCCAAUGCUCCUAUGCCGACCAAGGUAGCUGGAGCUAAAGCACCAGCUUCCCAAGCACCGCUGGCUGAUGCUCCCACAACUGGAGCUGAAACUCCUACUUCAGAGGAAGUGAUUGCUCCUACUCCUUCUGAUGCAACACUUGCUGAAUCCCCAACUGAAGGCCCAAUUUCCGCCGACGCAUCAAGCCCAUCUUUGGCUCCUGGUCCUGCAGCUGGUGAGGCUGCCGCAGAUGCUGAAGCUCCCGCCAACAGCUCUUCCAAAACUGUGGUAGGUUUGGUUGGAGCAUUGAUGUGCUUCGCUUCUAUGAUGGUUGUUAUGUAG